AUGAAUAGAAAUCAGUAUGCGCAUUUGCUUAACAAGGUGAAAACGACUAUUCAGAAAAGAGACACUAAUAUGAGAAGAGUCUUAUCUGCGGAAUCAAAACUUAACGCCACUUUAAGAUUCCUAGCUUCCGGUAAUUCAUAUGCAGGUAUGCAGUAUUUAUUCAGGAUCCCCAAGAAUUCUAUCAGCAAAUUCGUUCCUGAGGUGUUGGACGCGAUCUACGAUGCUUUAUCAGAUUAUUUAAAGGUGCCAAAUUCUGAAGGAGACUGGACAGAAAUUGAACGAGGUUUUAAUGAAAAAUGGAAUUUUCCAGGAUGCUUAGGGUCUAUUGACGGCAAACAUGUGAUUAUUCGUGCUUCUAUGUUUAGUGGCAGUGAGUAUUACAAUUAUAAAAGUUCGUUCAGUAUAAUACUCUUAGCUGUAGCUGAUUCCAACUAA